CAUUUAGAUACGAAAACAUAUAUAUAUAUAUAUAUAUAACCCUCGGUUCGAUUUCGUUUUCCGAGGACCGGGAAUAAGGACGAGCAAGACGUAUGGUAAAGAGUCUCGCCUCACCCUCCCAUCUAGAGAGAGGAUAUCAUCAGUCAUCAAUGACAUGCUUGCGCCCGUCCUCAGGCUUGGACAAAAGGAAGUAGACGAGGACGAAGAAUCCAAAGACGUGAUUGAACCCCCUCACUCUGCCUCCUGGGAUGAACAUCUUGGCUCAGCUCUCCACUCGUUAAGGACAUCCGAGAGCGCUCCGGAGCCCAGGAAGUCGUCCGUCCAGAUGUUUUUAUUAUGUUACUCCCCCCCACCCCGCUCCCCUCCACCUAUCCCUUUAGAUAAGUUCUCUUGGCCCCCAUCCAUCGACCAGCAAGGCCAAGUUAAGAAAAGGCUUGUCCGGCGGAACACACGCCACGCCACGCCACGCCACGCAGAGAAAGCAAAGACAGACCCAUCUUGCCAUGUCAAGAGACAUCCUCCUCCACCUAAUCUUCUCGUCCCAUGGCGUCGUCGAGGGUCAGCAACGCGUCAACAGAUGACAGACGUGCGGGGUGCCAGCGCAGCCAUGGACCCGGGUCGAUUGUUCGUCUCGUUCUCGGCGAAUAGCACGCGUACACCCCUCCCCCACCACGCGUCGACAUAGAACCUCAGUUGGUGAAGCGUCGAGUGAAGACCUCGUAAGAAUCGUAUUUCUGUGGCCCGGAGAAAUUUGUAUUUGGCCAAAUGACCGGCAACGUCAACAUCCCACCUACCCGUCCGCUUCACUCCUUCCGCAAUACCAGCCACACACACAAAAAGAAAAGUUACCC